UGAAAACCCCAGCAAGGGUUGGUGCGUGUGUGAGGUUUUUCCCUGACCCUGGGAUCUCACAGCUAAACCGAGGGAGCCCAGAAGGAAUCCGGAGGAUCUAACUAGUUGACCUUUCCAUACACUCGGGAGGGAUUUGGUCUCUAAUUCAGAUCAGUUCUGGAGUUAGAAACCCACGAUGUCCACCCUGAAGCUCCCAGGCUAGGAAUCUGCCUUGGGACACGCCGCUGCCCCUUUAAACCUGGCUGCCCCAGCCCAGAAUGGCUUUGUGCCUCAGCCAAGUUUUCAACAAAGACAAAACCUUUCGCCCCCGUAAGAAAUUCGAGCCCGGCACCCAGCGGUUUGAGCUGUACAAGAAAGCCCAGGCCUCUCUCAAAUCUGGGCUGGAUCUGAAGACUGUGGUCCAGUUGCCACCUGGGGAGAAUAUCAAUGACUGGAUAGCGGUGCACGUGGUUGACUUCUUCAACAGGAUAAACCUUAUCUAUGGGACGAUGUCGGAGUUCUGCACCGAGAAGAGCUGCCCCAUCAUGUCCGGUGGGCUCAAAUACGAAUACAGGUGGCAGGAUGAUCACAAGUACAAGAGGCCGACCAAGCUAUCGGCACCCCAGUACAUGUGUAUGCUGAUGGAAUGGAUCGAGAUGCUCAUUAACAAUGAAGACAUAUUUCCUACCAGGAUCGGAGUCCCCUUCCCCAAGAACUUCCAGCAGGUGUGUACCAAGAUCCUCACCCGCCUCUUCCGAGUCUUCGUCCACGUCUACAUCCAUCACUUCGAUAGUAUCAUCAGCAUGGGCGCCGAGGCCCAUGUCAACACCUGCUACAAGCACUUUUACUACUUCAUCAAAGAGUUCAGCCUCAUUGACCACCGGGAGCUGGAGCCUUUGAAAGAAAUGACAGAGAGGAUUUGCCACUGAGACGAUUUCUGCCGAGAAGUCCGUCUGUCUCCCCCGGAGCCCACUUGCAACGCGGAAUGCUGGACAAUCUGACUCCGAGGUCUUGCUGUGGAGAUUUGAAAUGCACGGAAAUAUGAGUACUGCUUAAGAGCCUUAUUGUGCCAGGGAACAGUGUUUAUAUUAUCCCAGUCUCCGUUACGUGGAUACUUUAUUUUUAGAAACCAUUGGCCAGAACGGGGAUAGGACAAGUGUGUGUGUGUGUGUGCGUGUGUGGGGUUAAAUACGUACCCACAGAUUUCAUUCUCAUCCCCGCGAGCCCUGAUCACCUGCUUCGUUAUUCCCCCUCAAGCCCAUCCCCUACACACCUGGUGUGUCCUAAAUUAUGUGGCUCUCCUUUAAUUAUGGCACUGAUGGCUGGAGGGUGAAAUCCCUAGCUAAAUGCUCCAGUGAUUACAUCUGCUCACUGGAUUGUGACCCUAUUUUACUGACAAUAGACCUCUAGCAAGUAGUUGUUUUGGGGGCGGGGGCAAGGAAGGGGUUUGGAUAAGGGUUCAGCUAAGAUAGGGUUUUGGAUAACCAGGAGUUCACUAUACCAGGAUUCUGGCUGCCCUGUGUGCAGGUAUAUGAAGAAAGCUCCUCUUGCACCAUUGCACGCCUGUGCACUAGCAGCCAGGACCCGGACACUGGGAAGGAGUCGACUGACUCACUUUAGAAAUGUUCCUAAAGGGGUAGAGAAGCACAUGGAAAAAAGCACCAAGAAUCACAUUCGCCCUACACCGCCGUCCCCCUUCCUCCCUCCCCCUCCCCGCGCGUCAGCCAGGCAAAGGGGAGUGGGGGCGCGCAUAACUAGCACCAAGAGAACUGAUUUCCUCUCUGAUCUCCAAAGGUCAAAUGGAGGUGCUCGUUAUCCAAAUACAGAGCUGGGGGUCUAAUCCCAGUUCUUGUGGAUUCCUUUAGUUCUGCUGUGGAGUUUAGGCUUAAUUAAAACUCCUGGGACCCUGUUUGACGUUCCAGUGAAGUCAGUAGUGUUACACCAGGGAUGAAUUUCACCCACGCACAUCCUGGUACGUCCAGUGAUGGGUCAUUAAGAGCUCUUCCUUCCAAACUCGGAAGGUUGGCUACAAAGACAACUAUGUAACAGGGCUGGGUGAAGUUCAGAUGACGUGGUUUGCGGUAGGGAAGACAGGGGGGAUUGUGGGAACCGGAGUCAAUCUGACUAGAGCUGGUCAAAACUGACAGUUGACAAUUUUUCACUGAACAAUGGCUUGUUCCUCAAAAUGGAAAUUUCUAUGGGAAUGAUUCCUCCCCUGUCCCCACCCCCAGUAUCCAAAAACUGAAACACUUUGGCCAAAUCCCCCCAUAUCUUCAGUUUUCAACUGAAGAGUUUUCAGUUUCUUGGCUCUUUAAUCUAGCAGAGGUGUAACAAGAUCCAACGGCUGGAAGUUGACGCUGGACAUGUUCAGACUGGAAAGAAAGCAUAUAUGUUUAACGGUGAGCGUCAUUAGCCAUUGGACCGGCUUACUAAGGGUUGCGGUUGGUUCUACAUCACUGGCAAUUCUAAAUCAGGAUCGGAUGUCUUCCUAAAAGAUCUGCCCUGGUUCAAACGAAUUAUUUCAGGGACGUUCUCUGGCCUGUGUGAUACAGGAGGUCAGACUAGCUGAUCACAGUGGUCCCCUCUGGCCUUGGAAUCU